GGGAAAGUUUCCUUUCCCUCACUUGUUUCUUUUUCCGAUUAAACGACUGGGCUUCGACCACAAGGGCUUAUAAAACUCUCAGCGGCAGAAUCUCCUCAUACAGAUAAUAGAAGAUAAACAUAAAACAGGGUUGACAGAGGAUGUCCAGAGCUGACUGGGGUUUUCUGGAGCACCUGCUAGAGGAAGGUCAGGAGUACUCGACUGGCGUGGGGCGCGUGUGGCUAACCGUGCUCUUCCUCUUCCGCAUGCUUGUGCUUGGCACGGCGGUCGAAUCUGCAUGGGACGACGAACAGUCUGACUUCGUCUGUAACACCAAACAGCCUGGCUGUGAGUCCGUCUGCUAUGACAAGGCCUUUCCCAUCUCCCACUUCCGUUUCUUCAUUCUGCAAGUCAUCUUCGUCUCAACACCGACCAUUUUCUACUUCGGCUUUGUGGCCCUGAGGACCAGAAAUGAAAAGAGUCCGGAGGAGAAGCCGGAGGAGGAGGGCAGAAGACAUAAACAGAGAAAAACCAAUGACUUUAAGAUGGAGGUAAUAAAGGAGGAAGACGAAGAGACCUUGGGAAAGGAAACAGAGAAGAAACUCAAAGCUCCAGGACCUCCAAAGCUCAAAGGGAAACUGCUGUGCGCUUAUGCGACUAGCAUAGUGCUAAAGGUUCUCAUUGAAAUUGGCUUCAUUUUGGGUUUAUGGAUCCUUUAUGGGUUUGUAAUCGAGGCAAAGUAUGAGUGCGAGAGGUUUCCCUGUCCUCACACGGUGGACUGUUUUGUCUCACGACCCACCGAAAAAACAAUCUUCACCAUAUACACACAGGUCAUCGCCGCGGUCUCUGUUCUCCUCAACAUUGUGGAGCUUUUCCAUCUGCUUCAGUUAGCAAUAACACAUAGACUAGAAAAGAGAUAUCAAACCGAGGAGGAGGUUAACAAAUUUAUUAGGGCGACUUCUUCUAGAGCAACACCAGCUAAAGCUCAAAUGCCAUCAUUCGAUGAAAGAAACCAUCUCUUUCUUCCUGUAGCACAUGAUGGUUAUACUGCAUCAGGGUUGGACUGGGACAAACGAGAUCCUCCUUUAGAGGAGGACCUGCUUCCUAGCUACUCAAACUGCAUGAGCAAUGUGAAACCCGCCAUACCCAAAAACAAUCUUCAUAAGAAACAUCACAAGACUGAAGACAAAACGAGACAUUACGUCUGAGGACCACUAAACGAUGAACAAGGAUUACAUUUUAGAGAACUACAUGUGUAAAUGACCGAUAGUGGUUUACUGUACAAUCGAGAGCCAUUUCCUUUGUUUAGAUAGGCUGGGAAAUAGGCCGUGCCUUGCAAAGAACCGUCUGUUGUGAUCUGUGGCCAGAUACGGGAGCCUCUCAAGUAGUGAUUAGUUGAGAAGCUCAAGGUCAGGAAAUACUCGAACCACUGAGCCAAAGAGAAAUAAGCACAAUGUCUGCCAGAGUGAGGGGUGGGUCUAGUACUGAACUGAAUGAUUGAUAUGGCAUAGAUAAGGUAGUUUAUAAUGUAUAGCAUUUGAGACCAAAAUCAAAGUUAAACUGUACAUACAAUAUUUAAAAUGUAUUUAUGAAUGAUUAUAUAAUUAAUAUGCUUUAAUAUUUAUUUUCAUUAAACGAUUUCUAGUUUUUAUCCAUUUUUGAACUUCUGUAAAUGAUUAGGCUUUUGUUAGAUGCAUUCACAUUACGCAACAAGUAAUUUAAAUGCCUUUGUUUAUUUUCAUACUAUCCUUAAUUAUUAAGAUUAUCAGUCAGCAUUAAAUUUAAAGUGCUCCUAUUAUGGAUUUUUGAAAACAGCCUUUCACUCCGUGUGUAACCCAGCUCAGAGUGAAAGAAAACAUCCUGUGCAGUUUAAAAUCUGAAAGUGCAUCAUGUAUAAAGUUAUUGUUAUAAAAUGAGUCAAAAUGAAACAGUAGCAUUGCCCAAGCACCUGGUGGUCUUUUUGUGUUAAAAGAAAUGAAAAUGCAUAUUUAUUCUUGUGCUGCUUUUGUAGAGUUAGAAGCUCACUAACACAGCUUUAAAUGAAAUUGACCAAUCACCGGAGGAGUUUGGAAAAAUUAUGUUUUUCACCUUGAAUGCAUGUCAAUGUUUGUUGGAGAAUCCCAAAACCAAAACAGGAACCUUUCAUUAGACAUAGAAGGGGCACUUUAAAAUUUUAAAUCUGAAGUAGCUGCCAUUUUAAAUGUUUGCCUUAGGUGGUUCAAUGUAAGUUGUAAUUCAAACAUGUCAUAAAUGAACCUACAUUUAGAAUUCUGCGGGAAUAAAAAAAGGUAGUAAGUAGGCAAGUUUAUUGGAAAAAUGUGCCUCCUGCUUGUUUUUCCAAUAAAAGUGCCUCUAGAUUUUUGCUAAAUUUCAAAUAUGUAUAUGUGUGUACGUACAACAACCAACGCAACCUACUAAUAAAAUGUUGCCAGAUUCUA